AUGGCGAGCGUUUCCAAAGCUGUUCGCCGCUACCAGGCUGGCGUUGAGAGAGCGUUAGGACUGUUCGACGCGUCAAACGAAUGGGCAGAUUAUAUUUCAUUUCUCAGUCGACUUGGAAAAGCACUCCAAGCAUCGCCGCCUGAUACCGAUGUGCCAUUCAAAUCACAGCUGGCAAAAUAUUUGGCACUUUGUUUGAAACCGUCAUUGCCGUCCGGUGUACACCAGAAAGCCUUAGAAGUCUAUAACCUAGUCUUCACUCUUCUGGGAAGAGAGGGCCUUUCUCGAGAUCUUUCGAUAUGGCUUCCCGGAAUUUCUCAUACGCUCACAUUUGCUUCGCUGACCACAAGGCCAUUGUUCCUCGCGCUCUAUGACGAUCAUCUGCUGCAUUUGCCCAGCCAUGUUCUGCGGCCAGCGUUAAGAGCCACUAUCUUGUCCCUCCUGCCUGGGAUUGAAGAAGAGAACAGCGAAGAUUUCGACCGUACCUUCAGCACCAUCAAUCGCCUGAGGCAAAUCUUUGCGGACGACAAUUCGGAAGCGUUCUUUUGGCAAAGUCUGUUCCUGGCUUCAAUGACGAGUGUGACCAAAAGGCCAGGGGCGCUAGUCUAUUUGACUAAACAGCUUCCAAACAUGGGCCCCGGUAUGGCCCAAGUCUCUUCACUGGCAAAUUCAAAUGGUGAUCCGCCUGCAGAAAUUGAACCCCAAAUCAAAGCAGUCACAACUCCUGAACCUGGCUUGCUUAUUCGCUGCUUUGCGACCGGUCUCCAAGAUGACCAGCCUCUGGUGCAGAGGGGCUUUCUAGAUCUGCUGGUCUCGCAUUUACCGCUCAAUGCGCCUCUGUUGCAGCACCAUGUUUCACCAAAAGAUUUGGAUGUCCUUGUAACUUCAGCCAUGUCUGUUGUACUAAAGCGGGAUAUGAGUCUGAACCGGCGCUUAUGGACCUGGUUUGUCGGCAGGGAAGAUAAGCGUGAAGGAUCUACGGAUGUCGCCCAACCUCUCACGGACGACCCGCCUUCAAAGACAAACAGAAAUGUUAGGACAUCAAGCCGGCAUGAGUACUUUUCCGCAUAUGGGCUGGACUCGGUGGUGAGAAGUCUUGAGAAGCUCCUGAAGAAGCAAUCUCUACAUCCUAUCGAGAGAGCACGCCCCUUUCGGAUAAUGCUUUCCUUGAUGGAUCGCUGGGUGAUAGGCAAAUUGCCCGUGGAAGCUUUGUUCAUACCAGCAAUGCAGGACCUACAACAAUAUCAGAGAUCAGCUCCCUCGCAGACAUCCUUUGACGAAGUCUUCCGAAGCGCGAACGUCUUCUUUGACGCAACAGAACCUCAACUUGUGACGAGUCAAUUGUUCCGCUUGCUUGAGAAGAGAGAUUUUGAACUGAUCGAAUUCAUAAUCUCAAAUUUUAAUUUGCAGGAAGAAGAAAUGGUGAUAAUUCAUCUGCCGAUGCUUUGUCUAGCAAUAUCUGAAAUGCUGGCUGUCAGCACCAGCUCUCCCUUGACCGAUAAUGGACAUCAAAAACCAGAUCAUGUCUAUGAACAAUCGCUAUCGAGGCUUCUAGAAGCACUGAUCAGCCUUCUUCCAUCGAAAACAACCGAAGUGGGUGGUGAAACAAUACAAGAACCUUCAGGAGAAAAUUGGAUGAAGAAGCUCAAUGAAGUCUACAGCAAUUCCUCUUCUGUAAAGAAGGCCCUCGUCGACGCUAUUGAGCCUGCCCUUGCUGAUCAGCUUCUCCUCCGCAAUUUGAGUCUGGCUCUUCUGCAAUGUCUACGCGCGGAGUCUCGCAAGAGCUUGAUAGGAUCACUUGUUAACAGUUUAACGAAGGUUAUAUCUAGGAGCAGCAAUCUCGAAGCCUUGGGUCGUCUCGAUCUUGGCAAAAAGCUUUAUGAAAGCCUUUUCUCUCAUUCUAAGACAACGACAGCUAGCGAGUACGAAACCACCCGAGCUGUUACGAGGAUCAUGGAUGCCCUCUUUGCAUUCGAUGCCAACAAGAAAGUCCUCGCGAAUCAACACCUCUUGCUUUUGAUUCCUGCUCUUGUCCAUCGUCUUUGGGAGGUUCUGCUUCCUUCCACUCCUCAAUUCCAUGUCGAGGCUGUCGAGCACCUAUGGAACCUGCGCAUGAUUUCUGGGGAACUGCUAUUAGUUGACAGUAAGAUAAUGGAUCUCAUGUGCGAACAACCAACUAUAAGUCCGCUUGCUGAUCAAGUCGCACGAUUCUCGACCCUUUGGAUGCACACAAGAUUUCCCCACGUCAAUGCCGAGCUCUUCUCUGCGUCUCAUCGCAUUGAGGAGGACGAUGUUCCCUGGGCGAUGCUCCGACAACCUGUAUUACAUGUAAUAGACAAGUUUGAGGUUUCAGACCGUGAUGACCCUCGACGGCUAUGGCUAAAUAACCUUCCGACAAUUCUUCCCGUCUUCCGAAUCCUUUUCAGCGAAUAUGCGAGUGCCACAGACAAGCAGCUUUCAUUACUUGGCCUCCAUCGACUUCAAAAACUCAUAUUGUUUGCACACAUGUCCGGAACCCACCAAAGAGAACUCUUCGGUCCUGAUGGAUCUGCAAGCAUGCUUCUCGACAUGUGCAUCGAGAAUAUUGCUAACGACCAAAACGAUAAAGAGACUAUAAAGAUGACACUAUCGAUUCUGCGUAUCCUGGUUGAAAAGACCGACAUCCGCGACGCACACGAUCUGGUCACCCUGCUGCUGCGACGGUUAGUCAAUGCUGAAGCCGAGGAUGCCACGCAAGAAGACCUUUUGGAUACCUUGCAAACGAUCUUCGCAAAGCCAAAUCUUGGUCCGCCCCCAAACGAGCUUAUGCACAUCCUUAUCUCGGGCAUAUCCUCAAAGAAGGUCGACUCGCACAUCGAUAAAUGGAUUACACUUUUACGCAAUAUCUUACCACUUUACACAACCCAGUACUUGUUGGCGAAUAUGCUGAAGCUUACUGCUUGCUUCUGUCAACGCAUCAAGUCAUAUUUUGGCACAAUUCAGCAGCUAUGUGAGAAAUGUGAAUCGUCGGAUCCUGUCGACAAUGAUGCCGAUAUAGCGGUUGCUAAAUACCCCGAAAGAUCGAUCAACAACCUCCUGUCAGGACUUGAAUUCAUCCUUGCGAGGGCGCAUACGCAUCUAUCUGAUCGUCCUACAAGCUCCGAUGGUUCAAUCAACAGUUCUAUCGAGAUUGCGCAGUCUCGGGCAGGCGCCAACAACCGGUUGACUGUUAUAUUGUGUAUGCAAGAUACGAUUAAACUUUGUGGCGACAUCUGGGCUUGGAGGAUUCUCAGACAUUCCUCUGGUGCAGUGGUUGACACAAAGUCGUUUGUAUAUCUUUCAUCUAGGUUACGAACGAGAACAAGACGACUUCUAGAACACCUAUCGGAUGCAGAACCACAAGAAUGCCUUGAGACGCUGAUGGGUAUGUGGGUAGAAGGUACUCGUCGGAACACCGAGCAAGAUGCUACCAUGAGCUUGAUGCAGAGUCUUGAUGGAGCUCGUCCAAAGUUCAUGAUGCCCGCGACUUUCAACGGCAUUUACAAUCGCACAAAUCCUUCUGCGCUUGACUUGUCACAGCGGUCGAGUUUAUCUGUUGAUGUCACGGCUCUUGACCUGAUGUCUUUCCUCAUUGCGUACACCAAAGCUCUGGAAGACGAUCUUCUGGAAGAGAUUUGGGCCGACUGCACAGCAUUCCUUCGCGAAGUGCUCGCGAAUCCCAUGCCACAUCGACAGAUAUUGCUUCAGCUGCUUCAAUUCGUUGCUGUGGUAUGUCAAAAGAUGGAGAAUACCAAUUUUGGCGAAGUUUCCAAGAUGCGCCGUGAACUGGCUGAUCUGUGUGCGAGGCUGUUCACUGCGAUUUUUACCAUUCGACCUACUGGUCUUGAUCCGUCAUUGCAAGGAGCACCGGAUUCGACCUCGGGCCGGAAAGGUAUCCUUCAAUCUGGCAAUGCCAUUCACAUCCUUUGCGAAUGCUUGCCAGUCAUCGGCAGCACUUUGGGAGAUCAGGACAAGUUGAACAACACAUUGACAGGAGUGGCGGUACAUAUCACCGGACCUGCACUAAGGUCGAAGCUGUUCCCCCAAUCUGUCAACAUCGAUAUUCUUCGGCUGAUACUCUUAAUGGCUAAGUCUCAACCGACUAGUAAAAUCUGGAAGAAGGAUGUGCUCGACCUUUUCAAUGACGCCAAGUUCUUUCAGUCUCCUGCGUCCCUAGCCGACGGAGGAUGGUUCCCACUACUGCGGCAAGCCUGGCUAGUGGACAAAGGCUUGAUGACUGACCUUGUAUCCAAAUUGACCGCUCCUACCACUGCUGGGCUGGUGUUUGGAGUGGGCGCGGCUGCUGCGCGUACAGAGGCUGACAAGCGAACCCAGCUGAUACUGAGACGCAUUGCUGUUCUCUUGCUUGCGGGCGAGAUAGAUGCCUUUGUGUCUGAGAUAGGCCAGAUUGUACUACGAUUGGAGGAACUUCUGACAGCCACGCCAUCGUCAUCGCCUUCAUCAGCUACACGCGGAGACAUCUACCUUGUUCUCCGGGCCAUGGUGCUGUCGUUCUCCCAGAUGCAUCUUGUUUCCACCUGGCCCAUUGUCGACGUGGAGCUGCGUGAUCUGUUCACCAACGUUCAAAGCGGAGAAGAAUCUACGUUUACGGGUUACUCGCAAGUACAAGGGGCGAAGCUACUCGAUCUGCUCUUGCUCCUGAAACUCGAGGAAUUCCAGCCACACGAAUGGGUAUUUGUGACAGACACAAUUGAUGCCAUACAUCCGCCGCAAGAUUUCAAGUCUGUUGCAAUAGCUGAUUCGUUGAUCCCACAAGGGGGCAAGGACAUUGAACUUCCAUCAGUCGCGGAGGAUGAGGCGAGAAGGCCGUGGCUGGGUACCGAGCUGAGCCGAACACAAGAAGAUCCUACGUCUUUGCUACGGCCAUUUUUUAAACAACUGAGCAUUCAUGCAUUUGAAGACACCUACAGCCUCGAGGCUAUCGACCUUGACGCAUGUAGGGCCGAUCUUGUGGCGGAUCUGUUUACGGACUGA